AUGACAGGAAAGAACCAUACCACUGUCUCAGAGUUCCUCCUCCUGGGCCUGCCCAUUCAUCCACAGCACAAACACCUGUUCUAUGACCUCUUCUUGGCCAUGUACCUGACAACUGUCCUGGGGAACCUCAUCAUCAUCAUCCUCAUUAUAUUGGACUCCCAUCUCCACACGCCCAUGUAUUUGUUUCUCAGCAACUUGUCCUUCUCUGACCUCUGCUUCUCCUCUGUCACAGUGCCCAAGUUGCUACAGAUCAUGAACAGCCAUGUCCCAUCCAUCCCCUAUGCAGGAUGUCUUGCUCAAAUUUACUUCUUCUUCCUUUUUGGAGACCUGGAAAACUUCCUGCUUGUGGCCAUGGCCUAUGACCGCUAUGUGGCCAUCUGUUUCCCCCUGCACUAUACCAGCAUCAUGAGCCCCAAGCUCUGCCUCACCCUGGUAGCGCUGUGCUGGGUGCUGACCACGUUCCAUGCCUUGUUGCACACCCUGCUCAUGACCAGACUGUCCUUCUAUGCAGACAAUGUGAUCCCCCACUUUUUCUGUGAUAUAUCUACUCUGCUGAAACUGUCUUGCUCUGACACUCAUGUUAAUGAGGUGGUGAUAUUUGUCACGGCAAGUGUUUUUCUUGUCAUCCCAUUCCUAUUAAUAAUCAUGUCCUACACAGGGAUUGUGUCUUCCAUCCUCAAGGUCCCUUCUGCACGAGGCAUCCGUAAGGCCUUCUCCACUUGUGGCUCACACCUGUCUGUGGUGUCUCUGUUCUAUGGGACAGUUAUUGGUCUCUACCUGAUCCCAUCAGCUGAUAAUUCUCCAGUGAAGGAGACUGUCAUGUCCAUGAUGUACACUGUGGUGACUCCCAUGCUGAACCCCUUCAUUUACAGCCUGAGGAACCGAGACAUCAAGGGAGCCCUGAGAAGAGUUGUUUGGAUAAAACGCACUCAUUCCCCACAUGCUGCAAUUCUCCAGGAAUUCAGAUCACAUCUAUUUAAAAUAUAA